AUGGGGUCACAAACAUCAAAAUUUUCUAAAACUGUUGUUGGAAAUGAAACACACAACAGUGCCCGAAAUGUUUUGGAAGGUUUUGCAAAAGAUAUAAAAAGGGAUGUAUCAAAUAACGCAAAAAGACAUGGAAAAGUUUUGAAGGGAAAUUUGAGAGAUGCCAAAUUUUAUCAUGAUUAUUCUAAGUUAAGAGACAUACCUAGAAGUCCCUGUGAUCUUGAUUUUUGGUUUCAUACGAAUGUUUGGAGGGACAAAGCAUAUGAAAGAGAUCCUUGUUAUGGCAGACAAGCAAAAAAUAAUUACAAUUUGGAAGGAGCAGUAUGUACGAAUAGUAAAAUAAAAGGUAAUGAAAACAAGAUAAAUGACAUUGGAGCGUGUGCCCCAUAUAGAAGACGAAAUAUAUGCGAUUAUAAUUUAGAACAUCUAAAUGAAAGAAAUGUUUUAAAUACUCAUGAUUUAUUGGGAAAUGUGUUAGUUAUGGCAAAACGUGAAGGUGAAUCUAUUGUUGAGAAACAUCCAAAUAGAGGAUCUUCAGAAGUAUGUAUUGCCCUUGCAAGAAGUUUUGCAGAUAUAGGAGAUAUUUUAAGAGGAAAAGACAUGUAUGUCGGGUAUGAUGAAAAAGAAAAAAAUCGAAGAAAACAAUUAGAAAAUAAGUUGAAAGAUAUUUUCGAUAAUAUAUAUAAGGAUUUGACGAAGAAGAAGGGGAGGAAUGGGAAGAAGUCGGCGCUACAAGAACGCUACAAUGAUCCUAAAGGAGAUUUUUUUCAAUUACGAGAAGAUUGGUGGGCGCUUAAUAGAGAAGACGUAUGGAAAGCAUUAACAUGUUCUGCGGAUGACAGUGAAGAUUAUUUCAUACAAUCAGAAGGUGUUACAAAAUCAUUUACAAAUCCUAAAUGUGGCCAUGGUGACAAUGAGGUUCUUACAAAUCUUGAUUAUGUCCCUCAAUUUUUACGUUGGUUCACCGAAUGGGCAGAAGAGUUUUGUAGGAUAAGAAAAAUUAAAUUAGGAAAGGUUAAAAACGAAUGUCGUGGUGAGACAUCAGGUAAAAGGUAUUGUAGUGGCGAUGGUUAUGAUUGUACUAAAACAGAUAUAUCACGUAAUAUUUUUUAUAUGGAUUUAGAUUGCCCACGUUGUGAAGAAGAAUGUAGAAAAUAUGAUGAAUGGAUUGAAAAUAAAGAAAAUGAAUUAGAUAAACAAAAAAAUAAAUACACUAAAGAAAUUGAAAAAUUAAAAGAUAAUUCUAAGAGCAAUUAUGAUAAAAAUUUUUAUUUAACACUUACUAAAAAAUAUGGUUCAAUUAACUUAUUUUUAGAUACAUUAAAAGAAGGAUCACAUUGUAGCUACAAUACCAUAGAAGAUAAAAUAGAUUUUAACAAAGCAAAUCAAACAUUUACUAGUUCGAAAUUUUGUGGGGCAUGUCCUUUUUAUGGAGUUAAAUGCAAUUGGAAAACAUGUACAGAGGUUAAGGAAAAUGAGUACAAAAAAAAAAAUAAGGUUGAUAGUACACAUACGACAGAACAACCUACUGCUAUUGAUGUACUAGUUACUCAUAUUAGAGGAACAAAUAUUCCCGAAGAUUUAAAGGAUUGUAAAAAAUAUGGUCUUUUUAAAGGUAUGCGAAAACAAGCGUGGAAAUGUCAAUAUAUAAAUCCAUAUGAUGAAUGCAAGUUGAGUCCUUUUGUGAAAGAUAUAGAUGUUGAUGAUCGUAUUUUAUUUAAAGUAUUGUUUGAGCGUUGGUUAAAAUAUUUCAUACAAGAUUUUAAUAAUGUUAAGGACAAAAUUAAUAGAUGUACAAAAUUCGAAAAGGGAAAAGAUAAUACAUGUAUUAAAGGUUGUAAACAUAAAUGCGAAUGUGUGGAAAAAUGGAUAAAAAUAAAGGAAGCAGAAUGGAAAAAAAUAAAUCAACAUUAUAACCAACAAAAAAAACAUUAUACCUAUAGUGUUCCUCGUUGGGUUAAUAGUUAUUUGACGCACCAGCACUUCUCUAGUGAUUUUAUUAAUGCAUUAGAAGCUUUUAAAAAUAUACGGGGAUUAGAAAAUUUGAAGGAAUGUAGUAGUGACACUUGUAAAAUUGAAAAAAUUAGAACUAUAGAUGAUGAUUUAAUAAAAGAAUUAAUUUCUAAACUUAAAGAUAAAUGUGCUAUGUGUAAAAACCAACAUAAAGCAACCAAAGGUAAAGAAUGUUGUGGUAAAUUACCUAAAACUCUAAAUGAUCAAGAUGAUGAAGAAGACGAAGAAUACGAAGCACCACCACCACCAACACCUCCUCGCACCCAAAAAAACCCCUGCGUUAAUGGUCAAAACCAGAAGGUUCGUAAAAUCAGGAGCGUGAGACGAGUGCCGAAAAGGAUGCAAAAACAAGCAAGUGUUCGUGUUCCUCGUGCUCGGCAGGGAGGGGAGAGGGAGCAGGUUGUAAAGAACGGGCGCCAGGACCACCACCUCCAGCGGGUGCUUUUGGUGGGGGAGGCGGAGGCGGAGGAGCCGGAGACGGCGGAGGAAAAGAAGGAGGAGGAAAAGGAGGAAGACACGGACGGGAAGGUACAGCCACCACCAGCAGCAACAACACCCGGGGUGAAGCCGCCAUGUGACAUAGUUGAAAAACACUUUAAAGAUAAGCACGAUAAUACUGGUGCAAUAGAUCAUUGUAAUCCAAAAAAGGAUUAUCCUCCAUGGAAAAACGACAAAAGUUUAGUGGAUGAAGAUGGUGUGUAUAUGCCUCCUAGAAGACAAAAAUUAUGUGUAAUUAAUUUAGAACAUUUUAAAGAGAAUACAUCAGAUGAUUUGAGAGAAGCAUUCAUUAAAUGCGCUGCCGCAGAAACUUAUUUGUUAUGGCAAAAAUAUAAAGAGGAUAACAAUGGUGGUGAAGAUCUACAAAACCAAUUAAAAAGUGGAAAAAUUCCUGAAGAUUUUAAACGUCAAAUGUUCUACACAUUUGGAGAUUAUAGAGAUUUCUUAUUUGGAACAGAUAUAUCAAAAUUAAAUAAACAUACAGAAGCUGUUAAAACUAAUAUAGAUAGAAUUUUCCCACCAACUGAGCGAACAAAUGAUACAAUACGUAAAGAAUUUUGGGAAAAAAACGCAGAAUCUAUUUGGCAAGGAAUGUUAUGUGCUUUAAGUUAUAAUAGUAAUGACAAAAAAAUGGAUCCAGAUGUACAAAAAGAACUAAACUCCACCUACAACUACGAUACCAUAAAAAAUAAUCUAGAAGACUUUGCGAACAGACCUCAAUUCUUACGAUGGUUUAUUGAAUGGAGUGAUGAAUUUUGUCGUGAACGGAAGAAGAAGGAAGAAAAGGUAGGAUCAGCUUGUAAGAAUGAUUAUGAGGGAUGUGCAAACACUAAGGAUAAUGGUAAUGGUAAUUGUGUUAACGCAUGUAAUGCAUAUAAAAAAUACAUUACAGACAAAAAAGAACAAUAUGAAAAACAAGCAAAGAAAUUUGAUAUUGAUAAAAGUCAGAAUAAACCAGGAUAUGAAGAUUAUUCUGGCAAAAAGGCUUCUGAAUAUUUGAAAGAAAAAUGUAUAAACUCAUCAUGUGAUUAUAUGCUAAAAUUAAAAGAUAAUUCCAAUUACUGGGAAAAACCUCAUACAACAUACGACGAUAAUUCACUUCAAAACAAAUGUAGCUGCCCCCUUUCUCCCUGCGAAAUCGUGGAUAAAACACUGGGCGACAAAACCUCAAAGUCUUACGCCGAAGGGUGCAAAUGGAAAUAUGGGAAGAUGCCACUAGGUUUGGGAUGGUUAUGUAAUGACAAAGAGGGUGAGAAGGGUAAGGAGGACGGUUUAUGUAUACCGCCAAGGAGAAAGAGAUUAUAUGUAAAAGAUUUAGAGACAUUCAGCGAUCACACAACAGUAGGUCUCCGAGAAGCUUUUAUUAAAUGUGCUGCUGUAGAAACUUUUUUUGCUUGGCAUGAAUUUACAAAGGAAAAAGAAAGAGAGUAUAAAGAAGAAAAACAAAGAAAUGGAGAACUUGGAUUUAUCGACGAAAACGAUCAAAUACCAAAGGACCCAGAUAAUCCACAGAACAAAAUAAGAAAAAAUGGAGAAAUACAUGAAGAGUUUAAAAGUCAAAUGUUCUAUACCCUUGCAGAUUAUAGAGAUAUAUUAUUUGGGAAUAAUAUAGGUAUUGGUAACGACAUGGGGAAAGUUAAAAGUAAUAUAGAUAAGGUUUUCGCAAAUAGUAGUGGCAAAACACCUACUGCCAAAAAAACAACACCAAAAGAAUGGUGGGAAAAAAAUGCAAAAGAUAUAUGGGAAGGAAUGUUAUGUGCUUUAAGUUAUGAUACGAAAACAAAAAUUAAGAAUGAAGAACUGCGCAAGAAACUUAUAGAUCCAAAGAACAGCAACUACAUGUACGAAAAAGUUACAUUUAGUAGUGAUAAUAACACAAAUUUGUCAAAAUUUACAGAAAGACCCCCGUUUUUUCGAUGGUUUCAGGAAUGGGGAGAAGAGUUUUGUCGAAAAAAAAAAAUAAAAAUUGAUAAAAUUGAAAAAGAAUGUCGUGGACCAUAUGGUCGAAAUCAUUGUGAUGGCGAUGGAUUCGACUGUAGUGAAAUAGGCCCAAAUGAGAAUGGAAGUUUUGCGAUUUUUAAAUGUCCAAGUUGUGCAAUUUCUUGUCGAUCUUAUAAAACGUGGAUAAACACAAAAAAAGACGAAUUUAAAAAACAAGAAAAACUAUAUAAUAAAGAAAUUAAGGAUAAUAAAAGUAAUUAUGAUAAUAUAUAUGAUAAAGAAUUUGUUAAAAACCUUUGUACAGAUUAUAAGUCUGUUGACUCAUUUUUAAAAAAGUUAAAAGAAGGCCCAUGUUGUAACAAAAAUACUAAAGACAGUAAAAUAGAUUUUAAGGAUACAGAGGAGACAUUUAGAAACGCUGAAUAUUGCGAUCCAUGUCCUGUAUUUGGAGUUAUUUGUAAUAACGGUGAUUGCAGUAAUUCUACAGAAAAGAAGUGUGAUGCACAAGAAUUUAAGGUUACAUAUGAUGUAAAAAAUAAGGAAAACCCUAAUAAAGAAGUAAAUAUGCUUGUCAGUGAUAAAACAGCAAAGAAAUACCCAGGUGAUUUAAACGGUGUUUGCGAAAAUUCAAGUAUCUUUGAAGGUAUUAGAGAAGAUAAAUGGUCAUGUGGUUAUUUCUGUGGUUUAGAUAUAUGUACACCCAACAAAACUACAGGUGAUAUACAUGAUAAACAAAAUGCACCAAUUAGAGUACUGUUUAAACGAUGGAUAGAAAAUUUUUUAAAAGAUCAUAACAAAAUUAAAGACAAAAUUUCUUUAUGUAUAAAUAAUGAAAACAGAAAUAUAUGUACAGAUGUUUGCAGAAAAAAUUGUGAAUGUAUAGAUAAAUGGAUAGAGAUGAAAAUGAAAGAAUGGAAAAUAGUACGCGAUCGUUACGUCAAACAAUAUAAUGUUGCUGAUUCAGUAGUUUACGAAGUGAGAAGAUUUUUAGAGGGCUUGCAACCUCAAAAUGACCUUGAAAAAGUUAAAGGAGAUGUUAAUGAUUUACGUGAUUUAGAGGAACUAAGUGAAUGUACUAAUACUGUAUCAACAGAAAAUAGAAAAUGUAGAAAAAAGGAUGUAGUAGAAAGUUUGCUUAAUAAACUUAAAAAUGAAAUACGUCAUUGUAAAAAUGAACGUGACGAUAGUAUGGGCAAGGAAAGUUGCAAAACAUUACCCGAACCUACAGACGAUCCACAAACAGAUAGUGAUACCCACGACACACCUGACAUACCACCAGGUGACGUUGCACCCACUUUUUGUAAUGUUCCAGCAAAUCCAUGUGGCGACAAAAGCGCCACCAAUGUGGUAAAUGUGACAGAGGUGGCGAAGGAAAUGCACGAAGAGGCACACAAGGAUAUGUUAGAGAGGAGUGUUAAAAAGGUUGAGAGUAAGGUUAAGGAUAGUACGGUUGAGAGUGUGUUAAGGGCUGAUGCAUCAAAAGGUGAAUAUAAACAUGAAGGUAAUCCAGAUGACUUGAAACACAACAUGUGCAAUAUAACGAAGGAACAUACCAAUUAUCAAAAACGUGGUGGUUAUAAUUAUCGAGGACCAUGUACGGGUAAAGGUAAUGGUAAAGACACAAGAUUUGUCAUAGGAACCAUAUGGAAAGAUGAAGACGAAAAAGAUGAAACCAUUAAAGUUCUGUUGCCUCCGCGACGUCGUCAUAUGUGUACAUCAAAUUUAGAAUAUUUACUUCAUGUUAAUAAGGGCCCACUUCUAAAAGUUGAACCUGAUAAAAUUAAUCAUUCCUUUUUGGGGGAUGUUUUGCUUGCAGCAAAAUAUGAAGCAGAAUUCAUAAAAACCAAUUAUACGAGAUUAAAUGGCCAAAAUGACAAUGGAGCUAAAUGUAGAGCUAUGAAAUAUAGUUUUGCUGAUAUAGGUGAUAUUAUACGAGGAAAAGAUCUGUGGGGAAUUCAGGACUUCAAGGAUCUACAAACUAAGUUAGUAACAAUAUUUGGUAAAAUUAAAGAGGAAAUUCCCGAUAUUAAAAAAAAAUAUAGUAGUGAAAAUCCCCCAUAUACGACAUUACGUGAACAUUGGUGGGAAGCAAAUCGAGCCAAAGUAUGGGAAGCAAUGCAAUGUCCAACAAUACCACCAGUCACCACAAGUUGUGAUACUACCACUGUUACCCCUCUUGUGGAUUACAUCCCACAAAGAUUACGUUGGAUGACCGAAUGGGCCGAAUGGUUCUGCAAAAUGCAGUCACAGGAGUAUGAGGUGUUAGUGAAACAGUGUAGGAAUUGUAGGAGUGGAAUAUGUGAGAAUGGUAAGGAUGACUGUGUCAAGUGCACACAAGCUUGUAAUACAUAUAAACAAAAAAUAAAAAAAUGGGAAGAUCAAUGGAAGGAAAUAUCAAAAAAAUACAAAACAUUAUACCAACAAGCAAAAGGCAGUGUUAAUGGUGCUACUACUAGUAGUACUACAGAUGAGAAAGACAAAGAUGUCGUUGAUUUCUUGAAAAUGUUACACCAAAAAAAUACUGAUAAUACCAUAUAUACUACUGCUGCAGGAUUUAUACAUCAAGAAGCACAUAUGACUGAUUGUCAAAAACAAACAAUUUUUUGUAAAAACACUAGUUAUAACGACAAGAAGAAAUAUGCUUUUCGUCAUCCACCACAUGAUCAUGAUGAUGCGUGUGCUUGCAGGCCACCAUCAACGCCAGUAGACGUCUCCCGCAAACUAGACACCCAACGUGACCCCAAAAAAGAGGAAUCUGAACCUGAAUCCGAAGAAGAAGAAGACGAUGCCGAAGAGGAGGAGGAGCCGGCAAAGGAGACGGCUACCACAGAGACAACACAACCAGCAGCACCAGCGGGACCACCGGUAACACCAGUACCAGAACUACCGGGACCACCCGCACCAGCGGGACCAGCAGCUGAUGGCCCCAUUGAGGAUGACGAAGACGCCGAAAACGAAGACGAUGAUGACGUCGGCUCCGCCACCGGCACAGAAGACGAUGACGACGACGAAGAUGACGACGACGAAGACGAAGAGGACUCAGCAGACGAAGGUGAAGGUGAAGGCGACGGCGGUGACGUCGGCGAGGAGGAAGAUGAAGAUCACGGCGGCCAGGAGGCGGAGGGGGUGGUACCACAACCAGCAGCACCACAACCACCAACCCCACAACUCUUGGAUGACCCCCUCCUUAAAACCGCCCUCAUGUCUUCUACCAUCCUCUGGAUGGUAGGUAUCGGUUUUGCGGCGUUGACUUACUUUUUACUCAAGAAAAAAUCCAAAUCUUCUGUUGACUUGUUGCGUGUACUGAAUAUCCCGAAAGGAGAUUAUGAAAUGCCUACGUUGAAAUCCAAAAAUAGGUACAUACCAUAUAGAAGUGGUUCAUAUAAAGGCAAAACAUAUAUAUAUAUGGAAGGAGAUAGUGAUAGUGGACACUACUACGAAGAUACAACUGAUAUUACUUCAUCCGAAAGUGAAUAUGAAGAAUUGGAUAUUAAUGAGAUAUAUCCGUAUCAGUCACCAAAAUACAAAACAUUGAUUGAAGUGGUACUAGAACCAUCCAAAAGUAAUGGUAACACACCAAGUAAGGGUGAUGGUAACACACUAGGUGAUGAUAUGGUACCUACCACGAAUACAUUUACAGAUGAGGAAUGGAGUGAAUUGAAACAUGAUUUUAUAUCACAAUAUAUACAAAGUGAACCACUGGAUGUACCAAAAGUUGGUGUAUCAAAGGAAUUACCAAUGAAUAUAGGAGGUAAUGUUUUAGAUGAUGGUAUAAACGAAAAACCUUUUAUUACUUCUAUUCAUGAUAGGGAUUUAUAUACUGGGGAAGAAAUUAAAUAUAAUAUUAAUAUGGGUACUAAUAGUAUGGACGAUCCAACAUAUGUAUCAAAUAAUGUAUAUUCUGGUAUCGAUUUAAUUAAUGACACAUUAAGUGGUAAUCAACAUAUUGAUAUAUAUGAUGAAGUGCUAAAAAGAAAAGAAAAUGAAUUAUUUGGAACAAAUUAUAAGAAAAAUACAUCAAAUAACAAUGUAGCUAAAUUAACAAAUAGUGAUCCUAUUAUGAACCAAUUAGAUUUGUUACAUACAUGGUUAGAUAGACAUAGAGAUAUGUGUGAGAAGUGGAAUAAAAAGGAAGAAUUGUUAGAUAAAUUAAAUGAACAAUGGAAUAAAGAUAAUGAUGGUGGUGAUAUACCAAAUGAUAACAAAAAGUUGAAUACGGAUGUUUCUAUACAAAUAGAUAUAGAUGAAAAUAAAGGAAAGAAAGAAUUUAGUAAUAUGGAUACAAACGUGGAUACACCUACUAUGGAUAGUAUAUUGGAUGAUUUGGAAACAUAUAAUGAACCUUUUUAUGAUAUAUUUGAGGAUGAUGUGUAUUAUGAUGUAUAUGAUGAAAACCCAUUUGUGGAUGAUAUACCUAUGGAUCAUAAUAAAGUAGAUGUACCUAAGAAAGUACAUAUUGAAAUGAAAAUCCUUAAUAAUACAUCCAAUGGAUCGUUGGAACAACAAUUUCCUAUAUCGGAUGUAUGGAAUAUAUAA